UAUAAAUAUACAUAUACAUAUAUAUUAUUACAACGGAUCCUCUGAGUAUACUAAGUUGCAUAUAUAUUUUUGUUGGCGUACUGUAAACAGUACUGACACUCACAACCUAGGAGAACCUGAAAAAUACCAGCUUACCGAGAAAGCACAAUUUAAAGAAAUAGAGUGAUUUUAUAACUUGUUCUGGCUUCUUUUUUGGAUUAAAAUUUGAAAAUGGGAAAUUGCUGCUCGCAUUUUGGCAGUUCUGACGAGAUUGAUGAAGUUACUCCGCUUCUUCCUAAUGAAGGAAUCCAAAGAACUGCUCCUACCGCUGAAUCAAAUAUGAGCCUGAGGAAACGCCAGAAAGAAGAAGAAUUUGAAAGCAAAAUCUACGAGAAUGCAAAAAAUAACUUCAUUGACGUGUUUUCUAUGCGACUAAGAACAGAGCCUCUUGAAAGAACUCAAGAUGAGAACACUUAUGAGGAAUUGAUGGAUCAAAUGAACUCAUUGGAUUUAGCGCCGGAAUAUGAAACGAGUACGCCUACUGAACAAGAUCAAGAAUUUAUCCAGAAGAAGCUAGACCUGUUCCUUCGGGAAAUUAAGGGUAUGAAGUUCGACACAGAAAUGAUUCGAGGAAAAAUGAUUGUAAAUUUGUCUAAAGUGAAGCCGUCGAUGAGUGAAAGUCCUUCUUAGGCCAUAAUAUAUGAAAUAAAAAGCGGCUCUCAAAGGAAAGUAGUUUUCCUAAUGACAAAAGCUUAAUUAGACUUUGGGGCUCGAUACAGUUUUGGAGUUAAUUUACUAGUAAUGAAGAAUUAAUUUAAUAUAUGAUGUCCAAUGCUACAUGA